AGUCCGACCAUGAGGGUCAAGUCAAAGUGUUGUAAGCUGGUGUUAAUGCUGUUUUGGAUAGCAUUGUUAGUUCUCCUGGUCUUUAAAGUGGAGGCCCGCAAGCGCCUCAAGGUUGGCAUCCACAAAAACCCUGAAUCUAGUCAUCAAAAUGUGGAACACGAACUCAAGUCCUUGUCGGUCAAACAUAACUUGAAGAACACGAAAGUACUCUCCACGACACAAGCUCCUUUGAAAUCGAAGACCCAGGAUGCAGGAUCGAGUGCUGCCAGCCUGAGCAAUUAUUAUAAUACGGCUUACUCUGUAGCUGUGGAGAUUGGCAAUCCUCCCCAGAAGUUUACCUUGCUGAUAGAUACGGGAUCUGCGAAUCUGUGGGUGCCUUCCAUCAAGUGUCCAGCCACUGACAAGUCCUGUGCAAAUCAUAACAAAUACAAUUCCUCGGCCUCCAACACAUUUGUGGCAAACAAUACGGACUUUAACAUUGACUAUGGAUCCAAUUCGGGAGGUACAGUGGCUCUGUCCGGCUUCCUGUCCCAGGACACAGUGACCAUAGCGGGCUUGCCCAUAAAAAACCAAAUAUUUGCCGAGAUCACUGAUGAACCCGAGAACCCCUUCCUCAACGCACUCUACGAUGGCCUUCUGGGCCUGGCCUACUCCCAGAUAUCCAUUGGCGGAGUAACCCCGCCGCUUUAUAACUUGAUCGAACAAGGCCUCAUCAAAAAGCCAGUCUUCUCCAUUUACCUCAACAGAAACGGCACUAGUGCCAUUACCGGGGGUGAGCUUGUGUUAGGAGGCACCGAUUCGGCUCUUUAUAGAGGAUGUUUGACCUUCGUACCGGUCUCUAUCCAGGGCUAUUGGCAGUUCACAAUGACCAGUGCUGACAUAGAUGGCACCAACUUUUGCAACAAAUGUGAGGCCAUACUCGAUGUGGGCACCUCUCUGAUGGUGGUCCCACAAAAUGCUCUAAUCAAAAUCAACAAGAUAUUGGGGGUACUGAACCCUAACGAAGCCAAUGGCGUAUUCUUAGUGGACUGCGCCAAAAUCUCCAACUUCCCGGACAUAGUCUUUAACAUUGGACGAAAGGAUUUUCCCCUAAAGUCUAGUGAUUAUGUGCUGCGAUAUGGAAACAAAUGUGUUUCGAGCUUUACCAGCUUAGAGGGCCUUGAUUUCAUUAUUCUUGGAGAACCUUUUAUGGGAGCUUACUACACAGUCUACGAUUUGGGCUACAAUAUGCUUGGACUUGCUCCAGCUUUGCAUUGA